UGUUUCACCGGGAGCCAGACAACAUAUGACGCCCGCUCCAUGUGACUUUACGGGAGAAAUCGCGGUUUUGCUCGUAUUGAUGGGAAAUUGUGCGAUUUUGAGACAGCGACACUCUUUGCCCGUCCUUGUGUCUCCAGACGCACCAGUGUGGCUCAUUUAGCCGUGAUGACAUCACGAUGAGGACUGGGGACACUGGUCUUUAUACCCUAAACAAACCUCAAACCCUAGUCACUGUACAGUCGCACUGCAAUUGAUUGACAGGCAACUAGAUGUUUGAUUGCUGCCAAUAAUCGAUUUGCAGGAGCACGCGCAGCAUACUGUGAGGUUUCAUCUUGUUUACGAAGAUAGCUAAAAACACUGCUGAGCGGGGAAGGCGAGCCUCAUGAGUCGGCCUCGUGGAUUGCAUCGACACAAUGGAUUUAACUAAAAUGGGUAUGAUCCAGCUCCAGAACCCCAACCACCCCACUGCCCUACUGCAGAAGGCCAACCAGAUGCGUCUGGCCGGGACUCUGUGUGACGUGGUCAUCAUGGUGGACAGCCAGGAGUUCCAUGCUCAUCGGACUGUGCUAGCCUGCACAAGCAAAAUGUUUGAGAUCCUCUUCCACCGCAGCAGCCAGCAUUACACCCUGGACUUUCUUUCACCAAAGACUUUUCAGCAGAUUUUGGAGUAUGCUUACACUGCCACGCUCCAGGCCAAGGUGGAGGACUUGGAUGACCUUCUGUAUGCAGCAGAGAUCCUGGAGAUUGAAUACCUGGAAGAGCAAUGUCUCAAGAUCCUGGAAACCAUCCAGUCCUCAGAUGAGAAUGACGUAGAGGUCAGUGUUAAUGACGGGAGCACAGAGGAUGACGAUGACCGCAAAGGCCACAACGGAGCCAAGAACUCCAAAAAGCAUUCCAUGGAGAGUCCCUAUCUGUCAGGGAGCCAGCAGAUUGGCAUCAUGGCCGGCAUGGUGGACCAGAGUCCCUCGGUCUCCACCUCCUUCGGCGUCUCCACCCUGAGUCCCACCAAAGCUGCUGUGGACAGCCUGAUGAGCAUCGGCCAGUCUCUGCUCCAGCAGGGCUUUGGGGGUGAACAACUCAUGCACGGCAACUCCCACCACCUGAUGACUGAGAUCAAGACUGAAAUGAUGCAAGUUGACAUGGGUGGCAACGGCCACGACAGCCCUCCAAACAUGGAGUCCAGUGCCUCCAGCAAUGGAGAGCGAAGUGGGGAGGACAGGAACCGAGACGGUCCAGGAACACCAACCAGGAGCAGCGUAAUCACCAGUGCCCGUGAGCUUCAUUAUGCCCGCGAUGAAGGCAUGGGCGACCCUCAAGUAGAUGUCAGCCAGAUGGGUCUGGAAGCAAUGGCCGGGAUGACAGAGAAACACCUGGCCUCGCUGUACUCCCUACCUGUCAAUCAUAAAUCAGAUGCUAUCAUGUCCAUGCCGGCGUCUAUGGCGGCAUCCAUGGCCUCUGCUCUCCCCAUGUCCCCAGCCCUGGCAAUGUCUAUGGACUUAAGUGCCUACGGGGGACUGCUGCCUCAGAGCUUCAUCCAGAGAGAAUUCUUCAGCAAGCUCGGAGAGCUGGCAGUGGGCAUGAAACCAGACGGCAGGAACCAGCAUGAACGUUGCAAUGUUUGCGGUGCAGAACUACCAGAUAACGAAGCUGUGGAGCAGCACAGGAAGAUGCACAGUGGAAUGAAGACCUACGGCUGUGAGCUAUGUGGAAAGAGCUUCCUGGACAGCCUCCGUCUACGGAUGCAUUUGCUGUCUCAUUCAGCUGGUGAGAAGGCCAUAGUUUGUGACCAGUGUGGUGCCCAGUUCCAGACAGAGGAAUCCCUGGAGGCUCAUCGGCAGAUCCACACCGGGUCAGACAUGGCCAUCUUUUGCCUGCUUUGUGGGAAGCGUUUCCAGACCCAGACGGCACUGCAGCAGCACAUGGAAGUCCACGCCGGUGUUCGCAGCUACAUUUGCAGUGAAUGCAACCGGACUUUCCCCAGCCAUACUGCACUCAAGCGUCACCUACGCUCACACACAGCAGGGGACCAUCCAUUUGAGUGUGAGUUCUGCGGGAGCUGCUUCCGAGAUGAGAGCACGCUGAAGGGCCACAAACGCAUCCACACCGGGGAGAAGCCCUAUGAAUGUAACGGCUGUGGGAAAAAGUUCAGCCUCAAGCACCAGCUGGAAACCCACUACCGUGUGCACACAGGUGAGAAGCCAUUCGAGUGCAAGCUGUGCCACCAGCGAUCCAGGGACUACUCGGCCAUGAUCAAGCACCUGCGCACCCACAACGGCGCCUCGCCCUACCAAUGCACCAUCUGCCUGGAGUACUGCCCCAGCCUGUCAGCCAUGCAGAAGCACAUGAAAAGCCACAAGCCCGAAGACGUCCCCCCAGACUGGCGCAUAGAGAAGACCUACCUGUACCUCUGCUAUGUCUGAGGCCGGGAGAGUGAAUGAAGAGAGGGAGGGGGUACGUGUGAGGGUGGUAGAGGGGUUGAGAGGUAAGGGGAAUGUAAUCGAGCAGGUAGGAGGCUGUGGUGGAGGGUUGACGAUUUAGGAAUGUCAACGGCAGAGACCCGAAAGCAAGAGGGUUUGUUUUCUCUUUUUACUUUUCAUGCAAAGGUGGCAGCGGCGGCGGCGACCGACGGGGUAUAAGGGUGGUGAAGAUGGGACAAAAGUGCUAAGAAGAGGAAGACUUGGACAAGGAGAGACAUUCUCCACCAUAGUUCGGAUUCACCGGGUCAUUCACUACAUCUGCAACUGUGUUAUUGUUUCAGGUCAUUUCAUGCAGCGCCAUAAAGCGAGCGAGCUGCAAGGACGUGACUUUUUGGAUGCUGCUGCGAGCGAGAAAGCAGAUUCUCAAGGGCUAUCUGAACCUGUACAUCCGCACCAUCACUCCAUUUUUGUUCCAAACAGGGAAAAGACGUUUUUUUUCUAUACUUAGGUAUUUGUUGUUUACAUUCGCCCUGCUAAGUCAUACUAGUUUGUAUUACAUCAAUUAUAUGUGAAUAUGAGCAUCAGUCCUCCUCUAACCUUCAUGUUAUGGUAGCUCUGAAACAUCUUGGAGUAGAACUAAUUUUCCAGCAGUUUCACCUCACUAAACAAUCUGAGUUAAGUAAGCUUACACUCCUACUUUGGGUCAACAUACCCCUAAUCCUUUCCAUCCCUAAUGGGAGAUGUAUCUCUUAUGCAACCUCCCGUCAUUCCUGCCUGCGUAGUAGAGACAAGUCGCCCCUGUUUUCACAUAAAUCUGUCAAUAUGACCUGUCCAUGCAUGAGAUCCUUCAGAUCGCAGCGGUGGCGGUGAGAUAGCCUCUGAGAAUCUGCAGCGGAGCCGGGAGGCAUAUGCAGUAGAUGAAACAGUUGAACUGGAUGAAUGGGAGCGCUAAAAUACUGCAAACUAAGCUCCUGCGUGGUUGUUUUGGGGGGGAAGAUGCUGCUUUUUUUGUUGGAAGUCUCAGUUUUCUCAGUAGUCUUCCUGGUUCUGCAUCUCUGUCAGACGAGGGCUGGAGAAGGUCGAGUCACCACUGGACACCGGCGGUUCUCCCCAGAGAGCAAACUUGUGUCACUUUUACAUCUUGUAUUUUUUUAGCUCUGCAGCUUAGUUUAUCACGGCUUGAUUGCACAGGUAAAACAAAUUACGACAACAGUCUCUGUUUGAUGUCUGCAAGUUCUAUAUUUUCUCAUUAAAUCAUAACUCCACUAUUACAGUAUACCACAUUAAACCCAGCAUAACCACAUACUCAGCAAUAGAUAACUGGACUGCUUUUAUCCAUGUACAUUUAACCAGAUGACUGUCAUCAUCUCACACUAAUGAUGAAUUACACAAACUGACACGUAAACAGUAACACUUUGUAACACCACAACAGAUCUGUGCAUUCACCACAUUGAUGGAAAACAAAAACAGGAAAAGGCUGCUUUCCGUGGGAGUCCUGUGACUUCGACUGCUCGUUGUGAAUGUUGAAGUGCUGGGAAUGCCUUAGCUGCACACCUUCGUGUUUGUCAGAGGUGGUGCGGCAGGUUGAAGACUGUUAUAUGGCAUCAAAACAUGAAUGUGGAAUGACUGUGAGUCAGGUUCACACCAGGCUGUUGUCAAAAUACGUAGCAGGCUAAUGCUGCCUUUCACUGGAAGUCAGAAAGCUAUAAUUCACACCUUGUAUGUUUUUUUUAGCUAGCAAGCAGCUGUAAAUUCUAUUUUACAUUUGAAACAAAUACGCAUCACCGUUCACCACCAGAUUUUCUGAUUGCAAGGGCUGAAACAGAUCAUAUAGUAUAUAAUGGGCUGUGAUGUUGUGGGAUCUUCAAAUUCAGACUUUAAUGUACAUUUGGAUCAGGCUGGAUUACUAACUGGCUAAAGAGGGAGAGUGGCCCAUGGCCCCAGUCCACCAAGGGCCCCAUAACCUUCAGAUUCACUGUGUUUUUCUUUGAGAAAAUACAGCAUUAACAGAAAUAUAUCUGUAUGUUUGGGGAUUCUUUCCUGUACUCAUAUUACAGAUAUUAUGUUUCAAAUAUAUUUACAUUGAUUUUUUUAUAGGUAGGUCAUCCCAAAAUCUCAAACUUCCUCUUGUGGUGCUAUUUACCAAUCUAGAUUGUUUUGAUGUGGGUUGCUGAGGGUUGGAGAUUGCUCUAGAGAAGUUAGCCUUCUCUUGAAUAUACUGGAAUAUACUCAGCUUGUGGUGCUCAAAGCACACAUAAACAUACAGCUGAAAACCCCCAUCCUUCCAGAUAUCAUGAUCCAUUUACUCAAGAUAAUCCACAAACAUAUUUGUGAGAAGUUUAAUGUAGGAACUAUUUUCUUUCUACCUGAACUACAUAUUGAUGGCAGGCGAAGGUCAGUAGAAAAAAAAAGAAAGAAACUGGGUCAUGAUUCCUGGAAAGAGGCAUUGCUGCUGAGUUUUUCAAAUACGUGCAUGAUGCUUUGAGCACCACGAGCAAAGAUCUAUUUAGUUCCAUUAUGUUUGAGAGUAGUAAGAAAUCUCUACAGCCAAUGUCUCCAACAGUCGGCAACUCACACCAAAACAACCUAGAUUUAUUUAAUAGUGCUACAGGUAAAAGGGAAAAAAAUAUUUUUUAUUUUUGGGGGACUGUCCCUUUAAAAGUUUUGUGCAUUGACUGUAAAUGCUGCAUUGUAGACACAACUGCAUCUUGGCAUAAGGUUGAAAAUGUGACAUUUUGUUGAGGAGGAGGUGUGAAUAACAGACUGUCUGACGUCUCUGAAACGCAGCAUUACACCUGUAUGACUGACGCAGCCAAAGGUAUUAUGGUUGAACCUUUAAGAAGCAUCAGUGCACGUCACAGCAUUACCGGGGUGAUCACAUAUCCAAAUGGCUGGUGGAAAAAGGGGGAAAUCACUGAUUGGACGAGACACUGCCCAGCAGCUUAGGGGGGGCGACCAGUAAGACGACAGAAUAAAUCAACUCUUGCUCUGUGGUUUUGUCCCUGCGCUUCGUCUCUCUCGUCUCCUGUUGCUGUUGUUGUCGUCGUUGUUGUUGUUGUUGAUGUUGAUGUUGUUAUUAUUGACCUUGAGUUUGAUCUCAACACAUCGUACUUGAAUUACCUCGUUUUGUGACCUCAUGUUGCUUGUGUAUUUUAAUUUUCCCUUUUGUUUCAUUUGUACACUUUUCGUGUGUUUAUGUCGAAAAGAUGCAUUGCACGACAUGAUGAAGCAAUGUGUACGCAGAAAGUGCCACGGUGAAGAGAUUUUUUUUGUUUUUCUAAUGUUGUGUAUUUCUUUGUGCAUUAAUUGUUACCAAACUUGGUAUUAUUAACCCCGCUUGUUAAAGAGCCGGAAGGUUUGGUCAUUUGUUAUAAAAGCUACCUCUAAGUUGUUUUCUUUUUUUCUUUUUUUUUUGUUUGGCAAAAGCACAUUUGUUGUGUGUUUGUGUUUUGCAUUAUUUCAUCAUUGCUACUUCAUCUCAUGCUUCUUUUUUUGUUUUGUUUUCAAAAGUUGAUUUAUGAUUGUCUGUGUUUUUAAGCAAAAUGUAUAUAAAAGCGUAAGAGAUAACACAAGUAGAGGUUAAUAGGAUUUGGGAAAUCAUUCAAAUGGAUGUUUAUUCUUCUCUUAUAGUCUCCCCCUGCACCUCCAACCACAGAAGAGCAGAGAAAAAAAGCAAUUUUGAAGCCUUAAGUGAUGAGUAAGAGGGAUACGGCAGAUAGGAGGAAGUACUAUUGCUAUUAAGAGGGUUUAAAAACAAGAAUUAAAACUUGAAAAUAUGUGAAUAGAAGUGUAGUUUUGUAAUGUGAAAAAAAGAAGGUUCAUCAAAAAGCGCUGAACCACCCAGGACAGGUCAUAUUUGCAGUGAUGCAGAGUGCGUUGGACAAUUGGAACUGCAAGUGGUAAUCAAGAAAAAAAAAAAAAAAAGACAAACCAGAAGGUUAAAAAUAGAGAUUCUCUCAGCUGACAAGCUCUCUUGAGAAAUGAGCGUAUUCCUGAACAAGAGCCAAUAGAGGCAAUUUGAUAUAUAAAAAUUGUGAUAUUUUUGUAUUCAGUGUCAGUCCUUUUUCCAUUUGUGGAGGGUUACAGCAGGGCACAAAUAUUUGUAUUUCUUUUUUUUAACUGUUUUUUUUUUUCUCUCUCUGGGUGUGAAUCAUUUUUGCCUUGCUCCUCUUUGAUAUUGUUGGACAAAAAAACGUGUGUGAACAUAUUGUAAUAAUAAGUGUUGCUUUCUGGAUGUCAAUUGCAUUGUAGGUGAAGGACUAAAUCUAUCCGCCACAAAUUUUACGAGUGUGUGUGUAUGUGACAAAGUUAAGAAAAAAAAAGAAAAAAAAAAAGAUGAUAAAAUACGGGACGGCAGGGGGGCGCUGCCAAACCGAUCAAUUAGUACUUGUCAUUCACAAUUUUUCAAUCAAACUUGACUGUCAACAUGUCUUUUGUUUUGUUUUUGUAUAUGAAAAAAAAAAGAAGAAGGGAUGGCAUGUCCCGUGGUGUCUUGCCAUUUUAUUCUCAAACACUGUGAGCUGAGGGGCUUUUUCACCCUCAUAUAAUAUCCACCCACUAUAAUAUACCCAGUCACAGCUCAGUCUGAACCACCACAAUGCAAGACCUGAUCAGUCACAUUGUUCCUAUCAUCGUCCUCUGAAUGUUUUCUACUCUUUUCGUGCGGGUGGAAGAGUGCGUCAAAGCGUGUGUAACUAUGUGUGUGCGUGCGUGUGUGUGUGUUUAAGUGGAAAAAUGCACUAAUCAGAUCAGAUACAAAAUAAAAUGAUACUCUAUGCCACUUUUUUUCUCUAUGUUGGAAAAAAUAUCUAUAUACAUUGGCAUCGAUAUAGUUCUUCCCUCAGUGUUCCUCCGAUGUUUCUGUACUAUCUUUGUGCCUAAAAAUGGAAUUUGUUCAACAAAAAUAUCCAUCUAUAUCUGCUUAGUUUCCGUACUUUCAGAAGAAAAUAAAAAUGGUGUCUCCAGUACCCUAGGGAUGUCAUGACGCUCGAAAAUGACCUGAUUUUUUUUUUUUUUUUUUUAAAUCCUGAAUAGAGCAGGGCGUCUUUUUCAAGGACUGCAAUAAACCCUUAAUGCUAUUGAAAUAGCAAGUGGGAUUCUGCAUUCACUUCUUUUCUUAGGCCGAACGCUGUGAUUGGCACCCAAAAGCAUUUAUUUAGCGACACAAAACAAAGCAUAGGGAAAAUUUACUGGAAUUCGCACAGGCUGCCAGUGGCGAGACUUGCACAGACUGUCGGGACAAAAUCUGCUCCAUGAAAUUGUUUUUCUGCAAGCAAAUUAAGCCCAAGUCUGCUUCUCCGCUCAGACUGUCUAUUCCAUUUUUUUCUCUUUCUUAUUUUUUUGUCAGCAACAGGUUUGCUGAUGAGAACUUUAUAUUGCUCUUGAAAGAAUAAAAAAAUAAAAGAAAGAAAACCUCCAUUUGGGUAGGUUGGCACUAGGGUAUUCCCCUUGUGCUUUGCUUCAGUUUUUUUAAAGUACUUUUUUCUUUUCUACAAAAUGCAUUUAGAAGGGGAUGGUAAAUUCGUCAGAGAGGAAUCAUGGCAUCCCUGGAGCUGGCACUCUGUGUUUUGGUGUGGUGUUUCUAGAACAAAGUAGCCAUUUCAUGCAGUGUUGCAAUGCAUGUGCCAUCGAGGUCUAGACUAAAAACUGUUUUGAGUAACAAAGCACCAAGACAUUGUAUUUUUUUAUAUUAGCACUGAGGACCAAUUGCCCUGUCGGACCAAGCAUAACAAAGCUUUUUAUGUAACAAAGCUUUUCUCUCUGUCUUUCCCUGGCUUGUCUGUGCUACUUCUCUCCUCCAUUGUUGUGACAGCACAAGUGCCAGUCAAGUUGCUCUGUAUUAAGAAAAUAGUGUUUUUAUUAUGAUUUGAAUUGUUAUAGUUUUUGUCUACCUCAGCACCUAAUCUUAGCCUAAUCUUAGAAGGUGCCCAAUUAUUAUUUUUUAUUUUCUUUAUUUUGUUCUCUUAUUGUUGUCGGUUGUAUAAUUUUUUGAAAUUUGCAUUAGAGCUUUGCAAAGGUCCUUUGUCUUUUCCAGCGACAACGUGCUAUUUUUUUUUCCGUGGCAGUACGUUUCCUGUUGAGCUGUGCCACCAAUCUAUAGCCACCGUCUGUUGAUAUAGAGGUUGUUCUUUUUUGUUUCUUUCCAUGUAGAAUCAGACACCUCUCUUUGUAACAUUUCAGUGUUCUCUGAUGGAGUGUGAAAAAAAAUAAAAAGGAAAAAUAAAAGAUUUAA